CAUCAUAACUACAAACAAAAGGUUGAAGAAAAAAUCUAUUCGAUGUCUAAAAAUAAUAAAUUAAGAGAGCGGAAGAUUUUACGAGAGCAUUUAUGCACUCUUUCUGAGCGAAGACCCUCUCACUACAAAUACGUUCAUGAGCUUACUCAGUUAAAUUUAUCGUUUUCUCGCGAUCUGACGUGUUAGUUCUAUUCAAUUGCGGCAAUGUUCAACCUAAUUUUGUAGUCACUUAUCAUCAGUAAUUUUCCUAAACUUAAAUGAAAAUUUUGUGCAACUUAGUGAUCGGCAGAGAAUGCAAUUAAACCGCUAAUAACAACAUGUAAUGUCUCGUCCUAGUCUAAGAUAAGACAUUUUUCACAAAAAGAACUUCUUAUUCUGCACACGACAAUUAUACGAGGCUGUACUAGAUUAAGGGCCUGACGAAGUAAAAUUUGUGCUUGGAUAUCAGUAGUGUACUCAUACCCAUGUUAUUUGAUUGUAUGCCUCAAUGACUGCAUGCUUUCUCUUACCCGUUCAUUUAUUUCAUUAAACUUUCACACAAUUUGGUCUGAAUUUAACAAUUUGGCUCUUCACGUGAAACUCUACGAACAUGUUUGUAUAAUUUGGCUCUUUCGGACGCAAAGUUUGCUGACCGCUGGUAUAAGUGAAUCAGUCUUAAAAUCAUAACUUUAUGAGUAAAAUUUGGAAAAGCAGACAACAAAUUCUUCCGCUCAGUUUUAUCUACAUUAGUGUAUAUGUUAUCCAAUACAUCAAAUGUUAUUGUGAUUUAUUGAAAGAAAAACAUAAUACGUUACGAGUAUCAAAUAAAAUCAGUGAUUUGUAUUCAAUGAAUUUACCUUUAGCCAUACAGUAAUAAGUAUGAUUAAAUAUAAUAAUCAGUGUUGUGAUAAUCGUUGUUUGAUGCAACAUACAUUUUUAAUAUCAAAUAAUAAACAGAUACUUAGAUAAUGUUUAUUUAGUAAUCAAUCAAAAUCAAUCAAUCAAAAGUGAUUGUGAAACUAUUUGUUUAUUUAAUUUAGUUUAGUAUAUUGUUUAUAAUCUAUGGACUACAAAGGCCUCUCGAGUCAAAUAGUGUUCACAAUAUACAAUAAAUAACGAACAGAACAUUAAUAUAUUAGACGCAACACUUAAACGUGAAAUCAGCUCUGCCAUCGUCAUUCCAGCCUCGUAGAGAUUGUCAACUGAAUUUAUUGAUAUAAUACAGCGGUUUUAAACCGAUGGGGAUAUCUCUCCAAAGAGGGAAUUUUUGUUUUACUGAAAUGGAAGGGAUGGAGAAUGGUGUAUCGUAGUUUCUGUUUGCCAUAAUUGAAUACAGUAAGUUCGAAAAGGAUUCGUCUUCGAUCUUUUUCGAUGAAUACCAAUUACGCCCAUAAAUCAGCUUUUUCUGUAAAUUAUUUAUCUAGACCAGGGAUCAGCAAACUUUGUGACUGAAAGAGCCAAAUUCUACAAAAUUGUUCGUAGAGUUCCAUAUGAAGAGCAAAAUAAAUAAGCCAAGAAUAAAAAAUGUGUGAAAUGUCUAUGAAAUAAAUAAACGACUAAGAGCCACCAACUCAACGCAAAGGAGGUUCGCUGAUCUAGAGGAAUACUUUUUAAAAUCAAUUUCACAACAUAUAAAAUUUUGACAAUGAAGUAAAAUCCACUGAUAUUGCGGAAGAAUUCAAACUAUGGUAGCAAAUGCUUUACCUUCAUUUUCGUGUCUAAAAACUAAACAUCAAACGCGAAUAAAAUGGCUUCAUCCAAGAAAUCUGCAGGAAGCAUCCACAAAAUUCGCGAGUUUGAGCUUGACAAAGUGGUUUUGUCUGACGAAUUCGACGUCUUACAAAUCGUUGGCGAAGGUUGGUUUGGAAAAAUAUUACUCGUGGAGCAUCGUGCAACUGACACCGAGAUGGUCCUGAAACUUCUACCAAAACCGUUCGUUUCACUUACCGAUUUUUACAAGGAAUUUCACUUCAGCCUUAUGCUGGGGCAACAUAAAAAUAUUGUCACCACUUAUGAUGUAGCUUUCGAAACGGCUGGAUUUUUCGUAUUCACCCAAGAGUACGCCCCAUUAGGAGAUCUGACAUCUAAUGUCUCCGACAAUGGCAUUGGUGAGCUACAUACAAAGCGUGUUGCAAGACAACUUGCUUCGGCGGUCGAUUAUAUUCAUCAAAAAGAUCUAAUUCACAGAGAUAUUAAACUAGACAAUGUGUUAGUGUUUCGCUCAGACUUUGCACGUAUUAAACUAUGUGAUUUUGGCGAAUCUAGAAAGCUAGGUGAGGAGGUUCUGAGACGUAAUGAAUGGCUUCCAUAUAGUCCUCCAGAAGUUUUGCUGGUAAAAACGGAUGAUAAAUACAAGUCUUUCACGAACAGGACUGAUACAGCUCAUGAUGUGUGGCAGUUUGGCAUAGUUUGUUUUGUAUGUCUAACGGGGUGUUUGCCUUGGCAAAAAGCAUCCACAGACGAUCCUCGAUAUAAUCGCUACCAACAAUGGCAUCAAGCAACACUCACCUUUCCGAUGAAACGAUGUCCAAAACUGUUCAAGCUGCUCUCUGCAAGAGCAUGUAAACUGUUUAAGAAGUUUUUGGAUCCUCGUUCGGAUAGACGUUUAAAGACUCUAAGCGAUUUGCAAAAAUUUAUCGAUGAUCGAUGGCUAGCAAAAUCUGCUGAAAAGGAAAUGGCUGAAAAUGAGCCCGAUGAAUUGUGCCCUUCGAUGUAUUCUUUCCACAGUAGCGUCGAGGAAAAAAAUAAGCUACUAGGAACUCUGGCAAAAUGUGGCAUCGAGACAACAGUUGAUCGUGCUGCUAAGAAAAACCGUAUAAGAGAUUGGAUUCAAUCGUCUGUCAUCGUAGAGGAAGAGGAAGAAGAUGAUUCAGGAUGCGCCACUCCUUCAUCCACCGUUUCUAGAACUGCUGUUCCUGGACACGUUUCAUCGGUGGCCGCUAUGGAACGAACGGAGAAAAAAAUUAACACAACAGUAAAGGAGGCAUCACAAAAACACAUCGAUCCACGUACCGGCACCGUUCAAGUCGGUCCAAGUGAGAUGGGAUCUAUUAAUGCUCAUAAAAAUAACAAUAACCGGUCUCCACCAAACAUUAAUGGACACACGAUAUUGUCAAAUUCUAGCAAACCUAAUCUCCUCUCAGCUACACAUGGCCUCGUAAAGGUGGCAUUUAGUUCGGUUGGAUCAGUUCCGUUACCGCAAAACAAUCGUAGCGAUUUAGUCAAUAAAAAGAGUAAUAUGGAGGACAGUGGCUACGGUAGUAUAAACGGUACCCAUAAGAAUCGAUCAUAUUCCAAUAAAAUUUCAAAAUCGCCGACAUUACCUAAACGAUCUACUUUCAUACGAUCUGAAAAUAAUCCUUCGGAAGAUAUGGAAUCAUCAGAAGAACACGACAGUCAAAGCUUAGAGUUCGACGAACUUGAAACAGAUCGCGGAUCGGAUGGUUUUGUUAAUGCAUUGCAUGAAAAACGAAAGUCAGAGAAAAAACAAGAGAGUACCUAUGAUAAGCUCUUCUUUCGAAGAAAAUAGUUGCAACUCGUCUCUACAUUUUCUUUGAGCAUAAAUAUUUGCAAGAACGAAAAAUAGCUCACAUCACUGAGUAAAAGCCGAUAAAAGAAUAGAGACAAAAAAACAAAACAUAAUAAGAAAAAAAAAGAUUAUGUUCUAGAAAGAGGAAAUAAGUGGAGAAAAAUAGAGAGAGAGUGUGUGUGUUUGAGAGAGAGAUAAAGAGAAAGAGCGCGCGAGAGAGAGAGAGACAUAGGGAAAGAGGAAAAGUAAUGACAAAUAUAAUAAACCAAGCACAAGUUUUAAGUCAUUAAUGGGUUACACAGCAACA